AUGUCGAAACGAACACUAGAUACCUUCUUCAGCCCAUCUCAGAAGAAGACAAAACUCUCGGUUACUGAGUCAAAAGAUGCGCCGUCAAAUCACUCGACAUAUCCAUUCGCCGUACCACAAUUGCCACCAGAAAUCACAGACCUCUUAAAUUUCGCGCCGGAAGCAGAAGGCAAAGCAAUCGACGACCAACCAGACCUGGAUCUCUUGUACUUCCAACCAUACGUGCCGAGCUCGAUAUCAACAUCUUUGUUUGAGUUUUUACGCAGAGAAUUGUUCUUCUACCGUGUCAAGUACAAGAUCAAGCGAGGACCUAUCGAAACGGACAUCAACACUCCACGAUUCACGACCGUGUUUGGUGUUGAUGAAACUUCCUCAUUCUUACCUGAUGGAUCGCUCAUUGACGCAACUACGAAGAAGCCAAUUCCUAAAGACCGCUACAAGACAUGUAAACCACGGCCUAUCCCCGCAUGCCUGGAUCUGCUGCGCCAACUCACAGAAGCAGCAACAGACCAACGCUACAACUUCUGCUUGGUGAACUACUACGCAACUGGCGACGACAGUAUAUCCUACCACAGCGACGACGAAAGAUUUCUCGGCGUAGAUCCCGCAAUUGCAUCAUUCAGCUUAGGAGCCAAAAGAGAUUUUCUAAUGAAGCAUAAACCUACUCCGCCUUCUGACGAUAAAAGUGCGGCAGCAAUUGCAUCAGAGACGAAACCUCUGAAACUGCCUCUUGGAAGUGGAGAUAUGGUGUUGAUGAGAGGUACGACGCAGAGUAAAUGGCUGCAUAGCAUUCCCAAGCGGAAAGGAGGAGAAAGCGGGAAUGGCAGAAUCAACAUCACAUUUAGAAGGGCGAUGGUGGUGGGAGGUACGGAGAACUACUAUCGGUAUAAUGUUGGCGAUGGAGAUGUUAUGAAAUGGGAUGAGAAGACUAAGAAGAUGGUUGUAUGGGGUGAGAAGAAGGGAGAUGGCGAGGCUGUCAAACGGGAAGUCGAGGCUGAAGAUGUAGACAAGGGAUAUGCUGGCUUGUAG